CUCCUCCUCCCCUGCCAAAGUGAAUCAGUCCAUACAGUGUUCUUAAAAAGAAUUCCUACUAUCAAAAUGGCCAGUCAAGUUGAGCUACCCGCUAAAGAUAUUUCUGGCGUCGUCGGCCGUACUCCAGUGUUCGGGCUAUACCACGUGGUUCCCCCAAAUUGUGCCAAAGUUCUCGUAAAAUUAGAACUUUCGAACCCCACCGGAACCUACAAAGACCGCAUGGCUGAGUCCAUCCUCGAGGAGGCCGAACGUCGGGGAGAUUUGAAACCCGGGAUGACUAUAGUCGCAGCUACCGACGGGAUCACAGGUUCUUCUCUUGCUUUCAUUUGUGCCGUAAAGAAAUAUUCACUUACGGUUGUUUCCUCCAACGCCUUUGCUUCGGAGAAAUUCAGGACUAUGGAGGCUUUAGGUGCCAAGUUAGAUCUCAUCCAUAGUUCCUCGGGGAUCACACUGGACCUGAUUUCUUCAAUGGUAUGCCGCGCAAAAGAACUUGCACAAGGCGACGGGUACUACCUCGCCGACCAAUUCCAUAAUAAGAAUAUUUGUGUCGGAUAUGAGACUAUGAGCGCAGAGCUGCUCCGCCGGUUCCCGGAAGGUAUUGAUGCAUUUUGUGGUGCCGUGGGUGAUGCGGGAAUGGCCAUGGGUGUGUCUGAAGUGCUGAAGUCGGCGUGGCCAGAAAUGCUUGUUGUAAUUCCUGAACCAGCAUCCUCGCCGACUAUUAUAGAGAAUCAUCCAGAGACACAUGAUGUUGACGACAAAAAUAUUGGCUUUUACCCGGCGCAUCCGGAUUGGAAACUCUGUGAUGAAGUAUGCACCGUUCCAGAGGAAGAAGGGCGCGAGAUGUGUUGCCGCCUGGCCGAGGAGGAAAAGUUGUUGGUUGAAACGUCAGCUGGCCUCAGUGUAGUUGCAGCGAUUGCUUUGGCGAAGCGCCUUGGUCCUGGGAAGCAGGUUGUGACCGUUUUAGUAAACACUGCGCUCAACAAUAUAAAUGGCUUGUGUACUUGAUAGGCAAUGUGUAUACAAAGCUGUCAAGAUUCGCCAUUCCAUUGCUCGGAAGGAUCGGUGAAACAUGUGAUCGCACCAAUUUUCGUGAUAUUGAGUUUCAAGCUGAGAAAAAUCAACGGGAAGUCGGACGAAUCCCUUGUUUGCUUAUGAUCGGCCAGGUACGUAUGCCAUACUACGAGAAGUAGGGGAGUUGAUGGCACAUAGCAAAUCUGUUAGGAACGUGGCACAGCUCUUCUAUGAUUGGUUCGGUUUCGGUCAGCAUUGGGGGAAAUAUUUGCUCCAUGCAAGACACAUGGUAGUACUUGUUCGGUUCUAAGCCUUAUGAGAUCUGGAAUAGGGGUUUGCAGACUGUUGAAACUUACCAUAGUAAUGACCAGAAAGGUCCUUGACAUUGAAGCGAAAUGCAGACCUGAUAUUAGGUUC